GAGGUGUUUCUACCUCAGUGAGGUGAGGGGUUGGGCGGGGCGCUGCGCGGGUCUCUGCUGCGCCCCAGAGGUUGCUUCUGCCAUUUUCUCUGUUUGAGCUUUGUCGUCGGUCUCUCAGUUGCACAUACAACUAAUAAACUGCCAAAAAAACCCACAUCACAUUGCUUCCAGAAUGUUUUCUAUAGACUGAUUUGACUCUUGUAAUGGAUAUACGCAUCAGGAAGGUAGCACAGUUGUUGGACAGUGGUCAGUUCUUGGAAAGAUUGGGGUGACAGUCAAAUCCAGUGCACAAGGUGACCACCCAUUACAGCAGGAUUAGACUAUGUCUGAUCUAGAACCAGAUAAUGGAUUGCUGGUUACGCAUGCUAAUGAGAUACAGGAUCUGCUGACAACAGAAAUGAAGAAAAUACUGUCUAAAAAGGUGCAAAGCACAGAAGAAUGGCUAAGAAGCUACAGUUUAGAAUCCUUGCAAUUAACAUUAGAGCAUCUGGUGAAUGAAGGCACUAUUAUUUUGGAUUCAAGAAGUGGUGUUGAGGAGAUAGAGUUGGCAGAAGAGGCUGUUACCAGUUUUGAGGCCAGAGUUUCUGAGGUGAUUGAACUUUAUCAGCAACGAAUUCAGUGGCUGUUGAAGGACAGCAGAAAGGUGUUUGGCCUUGUAAAAGGAACCAAAGUUGGACUUGUGGUUGAUGUGUCUGGUCUGAGUGACAGACCUAGACUAGAGGGUUUUCAGAAAGAUCUUUUGUUCUUAAUAGACGAACAGCUGUGUUAUAAGAAGCAAUUGUACUGCCUCUCAUUUGGUACAGAAAUUUCACCUCUGUGGGAGAGUCCAAGAAACGUUGGUGUUCAUGUGCUAGGUGAAGCAAGACAGUGGGUACAGCAGCUGGCACCUGCAAGGGGCUGCAAUUUGCUGAAAGCCUUAAAACAUGUCCUUACAAUGAAAGAGCUCAAUUCUCUGGUGAUUAUAAUGCAAAGCUGCCCUGAUCAGUCUUUGGAAAUACUGGCAGACUAUGCUCAGCAAUGUAUGCUGGGGAGAAAACUUCUGGUUCAUGCUGUUACAUAUGAUUGUGGCAGUCCUGCUGCUAUUGCAACUGUAAAAAACCUUGCAGAAGUUGUCAGUGGCUGUUAUCAUUGCUACACUUCAAAGGGGGAGAAUUCUGAUAGUAGUGAUGUUAAUCUGCUACUUCAGGAAUCCCACAAGGCUAAGGACCUACUCAGGAGUAUCAAGCAGACUUUUCAAAGGCAUGUUGGUGUCUCACUUAUUAGUGGAAUUGCAGAUGUUUCCACAGAAGUUGCAAAUGCAGCAAUUCCUUGCUUCCUACCAAAGCCUCCAAAGCACGAAGGACCAUUAAUUAUUCAAACACCACAUUUCCUGGCCAGAACUUCAACAGACUGGUUAAAGACAAAUGGAUUGAAAGCUAGGAAGUUAAACCUUUAUCAAGUUUUGGCUCCCAAUGCUUUUUCUCCUGUGGAAGAAUUUGUACCCAUUCUUCAAAAAACAGUAUCAUCAACUCUACACGAGAAAGCUAUGAUGCAGUUUGAAUGGCAUGAUGGAACUGUGAAAAAUAUUCACGUUGACCUGCCAAUAUUAUACAAGUAUCAGAAACUCCUUGCUAAAAUGGUAAGAAUCUAUGAGAAACGAAUUAACUGGCUGUCUGUUGCUAGCAGAAGGAUCUGGGGAAGUGUUUGUGAGAGGAGGGUGGUUAUACUUGUUGACAUAUCAGUGACAAACUCUAUGUGCAUCAUCCAUAUCCAACAUUCUUUGCGACUUCUACUUGAGGAACAAAUGUCAAAUAAGGAUUGCUUCAAUAUUAUAGCAUUUGGGAGCCACAUUGUGCCUUGGCAGCUGGAGCUGGUUCCUUCACAGCCAGAAAACUUACAAAAAGCUUGGAGGUGGGUUUUGAGGUUGCAGUGCAGUGGGAGUAGGAAUUUCAUGAGUGCUCUCAGAAGAGCUGUGGAAGUUGACUUCAAAGAAAAGGAUAAACACAAAUCACAAGGACUUUACCUGCUGACUACUGGAAUACCUGAUCAGGAAACGCACACAGUCAGUGCCUAUGUGGCUGAGGCUUGCAGAGGUUUUGAUUUGCAUCUUCAUGUCUGUCUGUUCAGCGUAAUGGAGGAUGCUGACUCCUGUGGGAUUAUUCCAGCCCGCUAUGCUACCCCAACAGAAACUGCCAUUGCUUUUAAAGAAAUAGUACAGGCUGCCAAUGGGAGAUUCCAUUGGUUUGGAGAAGCAGGUAUUUUUGAAAGUGAUGAUAUCACUGUUAUUGUAUCUGAAAUGGAAAAAGCAAAGAACUACUCCCAAAAGUGUGCAUUCUUAGUGGAAUCCUUAAAGCAACGUUCAGGAAAUCAGCCUGCUAAUUCAUUUAUAGCAGAAGCAGGUGCAACCACGGUUGUCACGAAAGAGAAAAGAAGGCCACAGAAGUUGCCAUCUCCAAAACCUACAGCUCUGAGUCUGGCUAGAAUGCAUAUUAAAGACAAACACGGUGCAGAGAAAAAUACCUCCAUAAGAGUAGCGGCGUGGCGUCCCACCAGUGCGAAAGCAGAAAUUCCACCAGUACAAGCAAUAAAACAAUGGCCUCAGGCUGAGAAGAGAAGAAAAUAUAAACCAAGGAAACAGCCAGAAUGUUCUGUGUCAGUAUUUUAUACUGACAAAGGAAGAAAUGUGGGCACAGUAUACCGAAAUUAUCCAAAGACCGUUUGCAUAAGAAAGCAUGUUCCCUCCGUCAGAUUGCCACAAAAGGAGGAAAUCUGUUCAAGCAAAGAGUGGCUGACAAAGUACAGCAUUAAAAAGCUUAAACUGGAAUUGCCCAGACUCAUGUUUGGUCCAGGCUGCACUCACCAAAAGAAAAUUGUGAAGUCUCUGCACAAGAAAGUAUCAGCAAAAUACUGCACUAUCUUCCCUAGUGUAGAAAUCAAUGGGGUUGUGAGACAUGUGCAGGUUCAAUCUAAAGAACUGGAAAUCUACAUUGAACAAAUGGAGAAGGUGUUGCUACGCUAUCUACAGAGAAUACAGUGGCUUCUGUCAGGAAGUCGAAGAUUGUUUGGUACCAUAUUAGAAGCAAAUGUCUGUGUUUUGAUCGAUACAUCUGGUUCCAUGGACCCAUAUUUGCCACGUAUCACAAAGGAACUUACCUCCCUUAUCUGGGAGCAGCUGAGAAAAAAUGAAGUCAGGUUUAACCUGCUGAGAUUUGCAGAAAAUACAGAGAGUUGGAGGGAGCAUCUUGUAGAGGCAACUGAUAAAACAUGUCAUGAUGCUGUGCAGUGGGUGUCCAAAUUCCAUGCUCAUGGUAAUACCCAUAUCCUUAUGGCUUUACAGAAAGCUCUCAGUUUCCAAGAUGUAGAGGCAUUGUAUAUACUGACUGAUGGAAAACCAGAUACCAGUUGCAAUCUGAUUUUGAAAGAAAUUGAAAGAUUGAGAAAGCAACAAGAUAUUAAAAUCCACACCAUUUCUUUUAGCUACGUAGACAGAGAAGCAAAUGAAUUUCUGAAGAAGCUUGCCUCCCAGACAGGAGGGCGCUACCACUGCAGUUUUGGAGAUGUGGAUGGACAAUUAGCAGCACACCGAAUGCUGACGGAAGGAUUUGAUGAUGAGGAUGAUCCAGUUUUCCCAUACUUUGAAGGAGAUGAUUUAAAGAAACUUACUGAAGAAGUAGCAAAAGCUAGAAGUUUUUUAAAGCAGGCAAAAUCUUUGAGGGUAUUACUACAAAAAUGGAAUAUAAACCAAAAGGACAAUUCUGUCUUUAAAAACAGUGCUCAGGAUUAAAAUUUAGGCCAACAAAGGAAGCUGAAGAUGUUUGGAGUGAUACCACUAGCCUGCUUCACUUCAUUGCGUACUUAAAGCUUCCAGCUUCAAGUAUAAAGAGGGAAGGAUGUACUCUUUUUUUUUUUUCCUCUAAACUUCUGGGAGAGGAGAGCUUACAGUUGAUAACUGUUGCCAUCUUACUGUAUUUACAGGUGUUGCAGAACUCAAAGUAAAUCGAGCCUUGAACUCUCCAAAGUCUAAACAUCAACAGAGGAUAGUUUUUAAUGUAAUGAAUAUAAAUUUUAGAGUAUGUAGUGAUUUUGUAAUGUAAUAGUAGUUGUACAAGAAUCAGACCCCUGUUUCUCCUCAGGCUGGGAAUAAUUAUUUUACCACAUCACACUAAUAAUUGCUUCAAUCAAUUGAUGGUACAUCAGAGGUGUACUUUUUGGCAGUUGGUUUGAGACUUGUUUGCUGGUGCUCUCAUCA